GUGCGCGCAGGUGGGUGGUGUUCGCGCCGGGUCCCGGAUCCGCACCCCUUCCCACCGCUGCGGGGCCUGGAGCCACGCCUGACCGAGGCGCUGCAGCGGCGCGGGUGGGCCAGCCUGCGGGAUGACAAAGCACGGGACGUCGCGCAGAACCGCGACCCUGCCCGCUCCACGCUGUGCUCCUCCCCGGGCCCAACCUGCCUCGGUGCCCCGGCGGGUUGAGAUGAACACGGAGGCGCUCCUCGGGUGACAGUGCCGGGCCUAUCGUCACCCUUAGGGGCUGCAAAGCUGGGGUCCCCCAGAGCCGCAGCUGCAGCUCACACACCUUGUGGUGGGAGGUUGGACUUCGUCCUUUACCUGGGUGUUCCCUGCAGGGUUUCACUUAGCAGAAGCUGGCCUUUAACCCCUGACCUUCCAGCCUGUACCUCCUUGGAGUUCUGGUGUUGAUUACAGGUACAGCGCAGCAGAAAUUCCCAGCGUCCAGGGAGAAUGGUGAGGAUCUUGGCCAAUGGGGAGAUCGUUCAGGAUGAUGACCCACGAGUGAGGACGACCACCCAGCACAGAAGUAGCAGCUCUCAGCAGGGCUUUUUCAACAGAGGCCACGGCGCACCUCCAGGGGGCCCUGGACCCCGCCAGCAGCAGGCAGGUGCCCGACUGGGUGCUGCCCAAUCUCCUUUCAGUGACCUGAACCGGCAGCUGGUGAACAUGGGCUUCCCACAAUGGCACCUUGGGAACCACGUGGUGGAACCUGUGACCUCCAUCCUCCUGCUCUUCCUGCUUAUGAUGCUCGGGGUUCGUGGCCUCCUGCUUGUGGGCCUGGUCUACCUGGUGUCUCACCUGAGUCAGCGGUGACCUCCGGGGGACUCAUGAGGGCGGGAGUGUUCAGUAGGAUUGACUGGACUGGGCUUUGGUGCGACAUCAUGCACAGGGGGAGGGAGCUUGGGUGGGCUCAGAAGGUGUGAUGGGCAUGAGACCGGCUUUGUAGAUUUUUCUCCCGCUGCAGGAGGCAGAGGGACUCUCUGGGCCAGCAUUGCUGAAAAAGAGAGUCCUGUGGUUUCCUGGAAUGUUUUUAGGGGGCAUAGGGCUUCCGCUAAAAAGCACAAGCAGGAAUAAGAAAGGCUUAGUAUGUUGUAUUCUCCCAGAACACAAAUCUUCUACCAGGCGCAAACCCGGAGCUGAGAGCAGCUGGGAACUGUCCAGAGUUUUAUAGCAAUCCUUCAUUUUAAUGGUGUCCUUUUUUUAUUGGCUGAUUUUAUGUAUAAGGAAGGAUAUUGACAUUCUAUUUAUCAUGAUCUUUCCUUUUCUUUGGGUUUUCCAAGACAGAGGAGUCUCACUGUGUAGCCUUGGCUGGCCUGGAACUCACCAUGGAGACCAGGUCGGCCUCCAGCUCACAGAGAUCCUCCUGUGUCUUCCUCCCAAGUGUUGGGACCAAAGGUGUGUGAUACUGUGCCCAGCUAUUGUGAUAUUUUCAAUAAAUAAAUUGGAGUCCCUUUUAAGAAGCCGGUGAAUGACUGACUCACGGCUGCCCUGCCUGAAGAAGCUGGUGGGGUGGCUGGGUUUGGAGAAGAGGUGAUAGGGCCUUUGACCUUGUGAUGUCGGGGAUUUUUCUCAGACAGGGUGCUGGGAGGUGAGGUACAGGCUUGGACCCCUUGCCUAGUGCUGUGGGGAGCUCUAGGCACCCCAAUACUCUGAACCCCAAGGUCAGCUUUUGGGGUGGGGGUAGAGUCCUUAGGAUGACUGGGGGCGGAGUGUGUAAGGAGUGAAAGAAUGGAGUGUAUUGAAUGUCUGAGGUCUGUCUUGCUCAGGGGCUCAACCCAGGGGCUGCUCAGGUUCGUUCGUCCAGCCAUCAGCAGCUCUCAGAAGUCCUGGCCAUAGUGAGCUCUCCUUAGCAGGUCUCAGGACCAGGGAGCCCUGAUUUCCUGACAGGAGACAUGGGUUUGGCUGGUGCUCUCUCUCUCUCUCUCUGCAGUCGUGGUUGUCCUAGAACUCACUCUGUAGACUGGCUGGCCUGGAGGUCCCAGCGCCUGGAUUAAAGGCAUGUGCCACCACC